AUGGUACUUGCCCGCGUGGCCAACUUCUUCACCCACGGAGACUCUGCCGGCACUCUGAUCGAGGGCACACGGGACUAUGUCGCAAACACAGCACGUGCAAUGGAGUCACCAAUGGAGGAUACCAAGCGGGGUGCAGUCGAGGAGGCAGACAUAGACGACGAAGCAGCGCGGCCGCCAUACCUACAUGCAAUGUUGGCAGGAGGCAUAGGAGGCACCACGGGCGACAUGCUGAUGCACUCACUGGACACGGUCAAGACGCGCCAGCAGGGCGACCCCCACAUGCCCCCCAAGUACACAUCCAUGGGCAACACAUACUACACCAUCUGGCGACAAGAGGGGUUCAAGAGAGGACUCUAUGGCGGCGUGGAGCCUGCCUUUCUUGGAUCCUUCAUUGGCACAGUGUGCUUCUUCGGCGCAUACGAAUGGACAAAGCGGACCAUGAUCGACUAUGGCGUCACUCCGUCAGUCGCAUAUUUCUCAGCGGGUCUCCUAGCCGACCUCGCCGCAGCCCCCGCAUACGUCCCCUCGGAAGUCCUCAAAACCCGCCUGCAAUUGCAGGGCCGUUACAACAACCCCUACUUCAACUCGGGCUACAACUACCGCUCCACCAUUGACGCCGCGCGCACAAUCGCCCGAAUCGAAGGCUACAGCGCCCUCUUCCACGGCUACAAAGCCACCCUCUGCCGCGACCUGCCCUUUUCCGCGCUGCAAUUCGCCUUUUACGAGGAGGAGCGGGGCUGGGCAAAGAAGUACAUGGGUACCAACAACAUUGGUCUUCCGCUCGAGAUUGCGACGGCAGCAACAGCAGGCGGCAUGGCCGGCGUCAUCACGACCCCGCUCGACGUGGUCAAAACGCGCAUCCAAACCCAACACAACGAGCCCACCUCUGGCUCCACGGUCGCACCAAAAGCCUCGCUCUCCCCCGCAUCAACCUCGAAACACGCGCCGCACACGCACUCGGUCAAACCAGGCUCCACACAAAGCAGACCCAUAUCCACCUCGUCGCCCUCGACCACGCUGAAAGCCCACGGCGCCGCAACCCUCGACACGUCGUCCGUCUUCACCGGCCUGAAAAUCAUAUACAAGACCGAAGGCUUCGCCGGCUGGUUCAGAGGCGUCGGGCCCCGUGCCGUCUGGACAAGCGUCCAAUCAGGUACUAUGCUCGUCUUGUACCAGACGCUCCUCCGCCGUUUCGAGCAGUACUCGCUUUCGCGAAGUGACGCCGACGUGUAA